UUCAUGAGAAAAACAUUUCACUUUACUAGUGGUCCGUGUCUCGUCCGUGCGGUUUGUCCGUUUCUUGAUUCUUAAUGCCAUAGGAAUGUCAUUUUGUUCGGCUCGGCCGUAAAAGUGCUUUUGCGGGGUGCCGUAAAGUGUAGAUUACGUGUCCUUUUUGUAAAAUACAUAGAUCCUGGUAGCUGCAAAGUGAGAAUUUCUGUUCCGUAGGAGUCGCGGUUCAACUGUCCUAUCAGAACAAAGAAAGUGUGAAUCGAAUUUGAUUACGACACUCUCGAAAAUUUUACCGAAGUGACCGCGUAUGUGUGCGAAAUUUUAAUUUAAUCCUCAUUACCCACAGGAAUCGGAAACCCGAAGAGCAGUAGUGCAGUUCGGUCGGCAAAAGUGAAAAGGUUCAGCAGCAGCUUUUUGGUGCUGCAGCCUAAAUACAGAGAGGCUAAAAAAACAGGAAAAGUUUCUGGCUGUAUUUCGUUUCCUUUGGGUGAAAUUUCAUACCAUAAAGGAAGGAAGGUGGUGUCGGUGUGCGAUGAAGAACUAACGACCCGAAAGAAAAGUUUGAAUUCUGGCAGUGAAUGGUUCCCAGGUGCUAGAAAUAUAGGAAGAAAAGCCGAAACUAAUAGCCACUGAUCGCUGGUGGUAUAAGUUUGAAAGGCAACAGAGGAAAUUUAAAUUUGUUGAAAAAAUUUCGCGAUAGACGGUGUGUACCCAAGCAAGGCGGCGAGGAGGCAAUUUUUUUAUCUUUCACAUUCAACAGUGUGAAAAGUGAAUAGAGAAAAAAGCAACAAAAGAGUGCUUCCGAUCGUAUAAUUCUCAGCAAGGAGCAUGAACGCGUGCAAGGCAGUGAAUUGUAGAUGAGCCUGUGAUUGUGCAACACCAGUCGAAACAAUUGAAUAUUUUGGCACAAGUACAAUGUUACAAAGUGAUAUUUUGCAAGUUGUUUUAUUCUCGAUUAGCUGCUCAUGCUUUACGUAGCGGCUGUUAGAAGAAAAUCUGAUAGAAGAGAAGACUUGCAUACUAACGAAAGCUACAAUUACAUAUAAGUGAUUUGAACGGUUUGGUAAAAAGUGUAAAUCACGCCAAUACUCGUUUGAGAGCAUGUCACAGCUACAGUCAAUCUUGUUGCCUGGUGUUGAGUAGAAAAGCAAUCGACCUAGCCACAAACAACUAGGUUCAGUUCCUUACUUGUUGUGCAGUGUGAGUGUGAGUGAGCAGACAAGUCAAAAAGCAAAAAAUAACUUUUGAAUUAUGCUGUUCUGCAUGUGAGCGAAUCUCGACUAUGUGAAUGCUAGACAUAGCGAAACAAUUGCGAUAAAUCUGGUGCAAGGUUUACACGGCACGCUAGCCGUAACGAAUCGCUCUCAAAUCAGAAGCGGCUCCGGUUAAUCAGAGACACGCUCUCGAUCCUGAAUUGACCAGGAGGGGAAACCAGAACCAACAGCGGACGUUUCAAGCGAUUCGAUUCGAUUUGCCUGAUAACCAUCACACAUGGUUUAAAUGCUUUGCAAAGACUUAACAUCCCAAACAAUAAACAUUGUCAAUCAGGAAACGUGGAGAAUACAACAGCAUUAAAAAUGUUGGGGUUAGCAACUGGAAAUAAUUCUAUACAGGGUAAACCCAAGCAGAUGUUGGCACAAUAAAGUUAUCGAGCCUGAUUUAUGCUUGAAGGCAUAGAGAACUAUUCAGUUGAACGAACGUCAUUAUUGCAGUCGGUAUAAAUGUGAAACUGGAGGCAUCCUAGCGACUUUCUGCAGUUUUAAAAAAGAUGUCAUAAUAUGGGGUACCCGUGCGAAAAAACGCAUCAUCGCACGUCACCAGCGGAGCAAAAUUGGAUCGAAACGAUAACCUGCCAACAACAUUCGCCGGCACCAGCAGUGCAGGGUCCCGCCAGUGCUGCAAAUUUGCACUCCACCAACGGCUACCGGAAGCACCGCAAACUUCACAGGAAAAGUUCCUGUCAAAGCAAAUCCACCCAGCCCGGACAGAACGUCGCCGGUUGUCGUUCGAAAUUUGCAGCAUCCACGGUCACCAGCUUCCAUUACCCCUUCAACCUUUUCCAUCCAUUCCAUUCGUCCUCACUUCAGUAUCCAUCGAUCAUUCUAGAUAAACUAUCGCAAUUCAUAACGAAGCAUGUAGCGGCCAAAAGUGGUUCUAUCAGAAACACCGCAACAUUGCACGCCUCCCAUCCGGCUCCGAAAGAUCAGCCGCUACCACUUACUUCACCCGAAUGUCAGCAUUCCCACAACACCGGAUGCAGCCUUUUUGCUGCCAAGUCUGCCCCAGCUAGUGAACCAGAUCCUCAACCUCAACCUGAACAGCAAUCGCCACUGUGCUCUACCGUAUGUCGUGAAAGAAGUGCGCUUGAACCGGGAGCUUUCGCUCUAUCAACGUCAACAACAGCACCAUCAUCAGUGUCAUCAUUAGACCCUUCGAAUGCACCAGUUGCUUUCUCUGGCAGCAGCGGAGGCACAACCGGCUGCACUCAGCUGCAAUCUCGCUCAUCAACGCCGUCGCCGUCGAAAUUAGCAUCAUCAUUAUUUCCGCAACCCAUCGCUCCGUCAUCUCCGUUUACUCCUGCGGCUUCACCCAUAUCACACCUAACUGCAACUUCGAUUUCAAUAUCAACGACCACGACCAAGACUGGGGCGAGUAUGACAACAGGGACUAUUGGAGCGACAACGACUACAACCACGACGUCGACGACCACGACGACGACGACGACGACUAAACCUAGUAAUAGCCAUUAUCUUGUAAGACAUUCACUUUGUUUAUAUGCCGCAUCUAGCGUCAUACUAGCGUUAUGUUAUCUAACAAUACCAACAGUUGCCUCAGACGCACCACAUACUAUGCGACAAAAAGCACGAUUCGCCGAAGGAAAGUCAGACAAAGAAAUUCUAGAUCAUCUAUUGAAAGGAUCGCGUUAUGAUAAAAGGUUGCUGCCACCAGUUGAUGAUGCGGAUUUCUGCUGCGGCAUGCAAUCGCCGGAAAUGGCGAAACAUAUGCCCGAUAUGCGCGUUCCAGGACGUCCUCAGAAUCGCGGCUCCCUCACCGUAAAUGUUAGUGUACUACUAUUAAGCUUAGCUUCGCCAGAUGAAUCUAGUCUUAAAUACGAGGUGGAAUUCUUGCUCCAGCAGCAGUGGUACGAUCCACGGUUGCGAUACGCGAACCAGUCGCAGUACGAAUACCUGAACGCAAUCCAUCAUCACGAGGACAUCUGGCUGCCGGAUACAUACUUCAUCAUGCACGGUGACUUCAAGGAUCCGAUCAUACCGAUGCACUUUGCGUUGCGAAUAUACCGCAACGGUACGAUCAACUAUCUGAUGCGGCGGCACCUCAUCCUCUCAUGUCAGGGUAGACUGAACAUAUUUCCGUUCGAUGAUCCGUUGUGUUCAUUCGCGUUAGAAAGUAUAUCAUACGAGCAAUCAGCAAUACGGUAUGUUUGGAAGAACGACGAGGACACUCUGCGGAAGAGUCCUUCCCUAACAACUCUGAAUGCGUACUUGAUUCAGAACCAAACAAUAACCUGCCCCAUUAAAGCCAGCUGGAGAGCCGAAGGACAAACAUUGUCAGAGGAAGACGAAGAGUUUCUCUGUAAUUUGUGUCAGAGGCGGUUUGAGGAACAAGGAAAUUACAGUUGUCUGAAAGUGGAUUUAAUAUUUACAAGAGAUCGAGCGUUCUAUUUCACGACUGUAUUCAUACCGGGAAUAAUACUGGUGACGUCAUCGUUCAUCACCUUCUGGCUGGAGUGGAACGCGGUGCCGGCCAGAUCCAUGAUAGGCGUCACAACAAUGCUGAAUUUUUUCACCACCUCCAACGGUUUCCGCAGUACACUUCCGGUGGUAUCAAAUCUGACGGCGAUGAACGUGUGGGACGGCGUGUGCAUGUGCUUCAUCUACGCCUCGCUGCUGGAAUUUGUCUGCGUCAACUACGUGGGCCGGAAGCGACCAUUGCACAACGUUGUAUAUAGGCCCGGCGAGAACCCGGUCACACAGCGUCUUCCAGCUGUCCUAAACAGGAUCGGAAUAAUUCUCGCAAGCCCCCUGACAUCAAGAUUAUUGUCGGAAACUAUCGAAACCGAGUUCCGCACGGCUAUAGCAUCGGAGAAAUCUACCGUCCAACCGGGCACAACUUCAACGACACCUUCCCCCAUAGGUGGCCCGAUAUCUGCUGCUACAACGGUUAGUGCUUCCUCGUCCAGGCCAGCAAGCAUCCUAGUUGAAGAAAGCAACACUAGACAACGAGUUCAACGUCAGCAAACUGUGCAGACUCAAAUCAACGAUAUUGGCGUGAUGGAAACGAGCUUCGGUGUAAAGAAACGAGAAUCUGGCGGACCAAACGAGAUCGUUGCUUGUACAAGCUGCGCUGGUGGCACCAGUCCCUGUACACACUCAGCGAACAACGGCUGCGCAACGGAGACCUGCUUCGUUCAAGUGCGGAAAAAGGAACCCCCUCAUCCGAUUCGAGUCGCAAAGACCAUUGAUGUCAUUGCUCGAAUAACGUUCCCGUCUGCGUACGCAGUAUUCCUGAUAUUUUUCUUCAUCCACUACAAAGGAUUCUCCUAGAAUACGAUCAACAAGCAUCUGCUUCACAAAAUCUAUACGAACAAUCUGCUGUAACGUUCGCUACCCCGAGCCAACGAAGAUGCCGAUACAGAUGCUACAAUCUCAACUUUAAUAGUUUCCACUACCAUCCAAACGUAAUCGGUUUGUGGUGAACCGGAUGCUACAUGAAACAGGAUUUUACACAAAACCGCUGCCAGGAUGCAGAUCUUUUUUUCCAGCGAAAACAGCUUUUGAUAACCAACCAAAAACAAACUAAUCACAAGCACAUGAGUCUAACAAAUGAAAGGCUUAGUUUGCAACCAAAUUAUUGAUUCUGAUCCAAACCGUGACAUUUGUAUAAAGCGAAGAAUUGUAGUAAAUCUUUAAAACAACAAAACAAAUACUGCCUUUAGUCAAACAAGAAUAAAACAUCAGCAACAAAUAAACUAAAUCAAAAAUACACAACCAAACAUUUCGAACGCUGUAACGACAAACAAAUAGAUAGAGGAUUGUGAAAUGAAACUUGUAAAUAGAUUAUUUCAUUCAAAACUAGUCAAGCUCGGUUGAAGUAGCAAACCAAGAGAGAUUAUUAUAUACUAGAGUUACCGCAAAUCAGUUAGUUACCAUUUGUUAAAUGAAUUGAACCUUCUUUCCAUUGCCAAUGCAAAUAGAGAUAAUUUACCGGACUACAGUUCAUACAAGCAUAAAAAAACUCAGCGAUGACGCUUGUUUCGCUACCAGCGAAACGCAAAUGCAACAACCACGAUGGUUCUCGUAUCGCAAUGAAGAAAUGCUGAAAGACAGGUAGAUAUAGCGAGAGAUAGAGAGAGAGAGAUUGAGAGAAAGAGCGAAUUAAUAGUGAAGAUACAAACACGCCAAGCCAAUGACGAGAAAUUUUGCAAUCAAAUAGGAAACUAGUAAGAAAUAAAGAAAUCAUAGCAAUACUAUUUAAAUAAAAGUCUAAUUUAUAAUAUAUUAAAAAUAUUUAUACGGCGAAAUAUCAAUUUAAUGAUACCGUUUAGAUAAGAGGAGGUUAAAUCACUCAGAUCAGCUAGUCACGCGUACACAAACUAUACCUUAGUUCCACGUAUGUAAGUGACCUCAACAUAAAACAAAACACUUUUUAGGCCUAUUAUUUACAAAAUCUAGGUGUUUUUUGAAGAUCCUCGAUACUUUCUUACAAUUUGCGACUAACAGGAUGAUAAAUGUUUUUUUUUUUCGGGGCUUACACUCAAUGUCUCAAAGUUUAUUCAUGUAUCCAACAAAAAAUUAGGGAGCAAAUUGUUUCUAACCAAUGGAACACCCAAUCGAGUCGGAUGGCAAUGAUCAGAACAGAAAAACACUAAAAUGUAUGAAAAGCAAUAAUAUUGGAAAGCGUUUCGUAAAUAUAUCUGGUCUCCGAGUUUUUUGAAAAAAAAAUGUUACUUCGAUUCUACUUUCUAGUGAAAACUACGCUAAAACUAAAAGCGUUGCUAAAAAUAUGCAAUAGCUUGUAUGAAUUUCUACCGUUUAAAAUUUACCAUUCGUUUUUAUGGAUUUUGGUAAACCUUAACCCGGUCAGUCCUUUUGCAAGAAUUCAUCUAUUUAGAUCCAUAUUGCAAGACUUUUGUCCCAGACAUCAGACAUCUCUUCCGGGUCAGAAGACUAGUCUUCCUUGGUUAAGUAUUCGAGGAAAUAAUUCAUUCGUCUACAGUCAAACCCCCACUGGGGGCUAACUUUCUUUUAAUUAAAUACCAUUUUAGCAUUCGAGAAUUCGUUUUAAAAGUUUGCGAGAAUAUCACUAAACAAGACCGUAACUUUUCGAAAGUCGAAUAAUUUUUGGUAAAAACUAAAACAUAAAAACUGCGAGUAGUUUCAGUAGUGUUCGUAGUUGACUGGCAUAAAGAAACUAUGUUUGUCGAUAACUCGAGGCAUCAAACACCAACAAAAAUUUUAUUUUUCUAAUAUCAAUGUUUGUAAAAUUCAAUACUCAUUUUUUUUUUUUGAUUAAAUAAAAUACCGGGGACCAGCGGAGAAAAAAACAUAACUGAUUCUAAACUUUCUAACAUCGAAUGUUUACCAAUUAUAAAAUAGAACAAGCUGAUAUUUUGUUUCUCAUUACCAUCCGAUUUAGAUCAUCGCCACAGUAGCCUGAUUAAUCAAUAAAGAAUUAUUGAGCUAAAACUAAACCCACGGAAAACAAUAUUCUAAACCAAAGAUUUUCGCUUUACAAUUGUUAUCAAGACUCUGUGUACGACAGUGUAUCAUUCGUUUAUACUAUUAGCAUAUGCGAAACCCAUUUCAUGCAAGCAUAAUACGAUUCGUUUGAAAACAAAAAAUACGCACUCGAAAGACCGCUUAGGUUUAGCAUCGGACCAAUUUUCAGUGGAAUAACAUAAUAUAUGAAAAAAAAAACAAAAGAAACGAACAAUGAACAAUUGCUGUGACAUUAAGGGUUUGUUCUCUUGUACAAAUGGGGAAACAUUGUAUAGUUACAAACAAUUAGCCGAGUGUAAUUGUUUGCAUUUUAUCAUUUACGAAAACCCUCCGUUAUAAGUAUUUCAAGCUGGACUUUCUGAAAGCCACGAGCUUCUUUUCCUGUAUGUAAGUUCUCUCAAGCUCAUAAGACUGUACGUGCAAGUGUAGCCGAGGCAAGCGAGGCCUCUGUAGUGCGAACUGCGGGAGAAGUUAGAGAGGGAAUAUUUUGUGAAUUGAAGAAAUUGUUAGUCGGAAACGAAAAAGCCGCCCUACUGACGCCUUUUCCGUAACAUUCGAUUUCAAUACUGCAUGCCACUAUAGCCAUAACUCUAAGCCGAAACUAUCACCAGCAAAGUAAGAAAAAAGCCACCAAAGCGAAGCAGCAGGUGGCUAAAGAAUGGAAAAAAUAAUUUUAAAUUGUGAUUUAUGUGCCCAUAACAGUUACUAUAUUUAUACAAAACAAGUAGAACAACGGCAAGUUGAUGCUAUUAUGACUUCACGUGCUACUAGCUACUACUAACAACUAUUACUACUACAAACACCGCUUAUGAAUUAAAACAAACAAAAAACACAACAAUAACGUGCUACUCAAGUGCUUAGUUUCAUCAUGUUACAUAUCAAAAAGAGACGAGGUAGAAGGAAUUUAAAAUACUAGACAAACUAUCACAGUCGCACUAUUAUGAUCAUAAUCGUACUAUUUCGAUAGCAAAAGAUCCGUUAGUCCGUUUUAUUUAACUGUUUUCAUAGUCUAUUUCUGUUAUUAGUAUAUUUCACAGUUCAUAGAACUUUAUCUGGAAGUUUAUUUGUUAAAAUAAUACUUAUCUGGUAAUGUAUGAUUGAAUAAUUCUCAUCAACCCGCACAUAAGUAAUCAUCUAGGAAGAAAACUACCAAUGAAACUCCUUUUGAGUUUAUAAAAGCAGGCGAUGGUAAAAUACAAUCAUUCUUUACCAGAAGAUGAUAACAGAUUUUGAAAAAAAAACACACAAAUUUCCAGACAAUGAUUUCUACCAGAUGGGCAGUGUGCAUCUUACAACUAGUCAUGUAACUCGAUACGUUUGUUCUAUCGGCUGUUAAACAUAAAUUAAGUUAGCUUACGAGAGCAACACAAUAUUCUAAACUUUAACGUUAUUCUAAACCGGUUUACAACGUUCGUCUUCGAUCAUUUGGAAUACUCCAUGGUUUUUCGAAAAGACAAAAUAACAUUAUUUCUUCUUUAGCGUCCCUUAAGUCAAACGAUUCCAACUAAAAGUAAAGUGCGUGGAACACGCGUUACAUUUAUUUCGUACUAGUGAUUAAGCAAGAGCCAUAGUGAAACCGUAGAUAAUGUCGGCAGCUGAUAGGUUUGCUACAUAAGUAAACUAGCUCGGGAGCCAAAUAACAUCGUGCUUUGCGUUUCAAUACUCCAACCCAUACAAUUAAUUGAAGCCUGUCAAAAACUAGAUCACCACACACGUGUAAAUUAAUAAAAAAAUAGUUUAAAUGAUAAUACAGCUCAGCUAAGAUUGUGAUUUAGUGAACAAGAAAUAUAAUGCAAGAAAAACAAAACAAAAAACUUACACAGUAAUGUGAACAUACCGACUAAUACUAAUAGCCAUUUGUAAAGUUUACCAUUAAAUACAACCACAGAAUAAUGUUGCCGCAGCGCGUUAAUUGUAAACAGGUCAAAUUGGGUAGAAACGGCAUUUCAAAAACAAUUGAACUACACUCACAUGUAAAAUAGUUGAAAUCAUUUUUGUAUAUCGACAGCGUUGAGUGCAAAGCAAAUAGAACAAACCAAAAAUAAAUGCACCUACAAACCUGUUCUGUAUUUAAGCCUCUACUCGUAUAUUUGCUAAAAACUAAAACUAAAAAAAUAAAAAAAAGCACGAAUCGAAAACCAACCAGUCACUUGCCGAUGGGCAAAAGACGCUAAAAAGAAAAUCACGUUCGAACAAUAUGGGUAAUAAGUAAGAGAUAAUGAGCGAAUGAGUCGUUUCACUACAAAACCAAAUUAUACUUGUAGGCAAUCUGAAUAGUAGACACUCUUCUUCUAGGCCACAAAGGCGCGAAGCGAAGCAAGCAAGCAAGCAUUAGUGAAGUAACGCUGCCAGUCUAAAUUUCGUAAAUGCAUGCAGCAACGAGAGAGAUACAAGAUAAUUUACAAUUAAAGGCACUCUUAUCUACGAAUUAUGAAUUAUAAUAACUGCUCUGUUUUGACUAAGGGGAAAAGGUGAAAAAAGUAGCAACAAAAGUUACCAAGAACCGGUGCGUUUAUUUUCAAUGCUUUGAAAGUCAGUCACCGCAGUGCAAGCCCUUAGAGCGACAAAGUAUCUAUCUAGUAGAAGUAGAACACACACGCAACCCACACAGAGAUACACACACACAUAGCCAGACACGGAGGUACAUUUUUUCGUCCAUUUAUUGAUUGUUACUGAAAAGAGCAGAAAAGGCCAAGUUGCAAGUUUCGGAAAGUAUCGGUAAAUCCGAGAAUAGGAAGUUGUUGUCACGAAAUAAAGUUUUUUAUUUUCUCAAAUAAACCAUUUUUGAUCAAAAAUAAAGAAA